AUUUUCAGAAUCUUCUCUCUCUCCGCGAGCCACAAAAUCCCAUCAAAGUUUACUCUUUUGCGCCUCCAAGUUGCAGCUGAGCCGAGCCCCUACCCCCGUCACCGCCUGCUUGUUGCGUCACCAUGUGUUUACAAGACGCCGAGCAACUUGGCGCCGAUAUGGAGAACCCAGACGAUAGAAGGAGCUCUUGGCCUUUGCAUUGUGACCUUCUUCAUACCCACAUGGAAAAGGAACCUCCUCUUAGAACUUGCGGCGAUCAGAGUUUUGGUUUUGGGAAUUCAUUCCCGCUGGAAAGCAUAAGUGAGGACACGGUGAUUGCAGACAAGAAACAGAACCACAUAAACUUUGCCCCUGCUCUGCGAUCUGGAGAGUGGUCAGAUAUCGGAGGUCGCCCUUAUAUGGAAGAUACUCACAUAUGCAUUGGAGACUUAGGAAAGAAGUUUGGUUAUGAUGUACUCAGUGAGGAAGUUAUUUCCUUUUAUGGGGUAUUUGAUGGGCACGGAGGGAAGAGUGCUGCAGUAUUUGUCCGUGAUCAUCUUCCAAGAGUUAUUAUUGAGGAUGCUGAUUUUCCUGUGGAGCUAGAAAAGGUGGUCACUAGGUCAUUUUUACAGACAGAUGCUGCAUUUGCAGAGACAUGCUCCCUUGAGUCUUCAUUGUCUUCUGGUACAACUGCAUUAACUGCAAUUAUUUUGGGGAGGUCUUUGCUAGUGGCCAACGCUGGAGACUGCAGGGCUGUUUUGUCCAGACGUGGAAGGGCUAUAGAAAUGUCAAAAGAUCAUAGGCCCUUGUGCAUGAAAGAGAGGAAGCGAAUUGAGUCUUUAGGCGGAUUCAUCGAUGAUGGUUAUCUGAAUGGCGAGUUAGCUGUCACGCGGGCUCUAGGCGACUGGCAUCUCGAGGGCUUGAAGGAAGUGAGUGAAAGAGGAGGACCCUUAUUAAGUGCUGAGCCAGAACUCAAACUAACCACACUGACCAAAGAGGAUGAGUUUUUGAUAAUUGGAAGUGACGGAAUCUGGGAUGUGUUCAGCAGCCAAAAUGCUGUAGAUUUUGCAAGAAGGAGGCUUCAAGAACAUAAUGAUGUGAAACUAUGCUGUAAAGAGAUGGUGGAGGAAGCCAUAAAGAGAGACUCAGCAGAUAACUUAACUGUUGUGAUGGUUUGUUUUCACUCAGAACCACCACCACCUGUGGUGGCAGAGAGGCCAAGAUUCGGAAGAAGCAUAUCUGCUGAGGGACUCCUGAAUCUCAAGUCCUCCCUUGAAGGAUAGAAUAUUUUUUUUGUCUGCGACAUAGCUGAUAUUUUUUUUCCCCUGAGAUGUGACUGUGUAAAUAUAUUAAUUUAUCGCGCACAAAAAUAUGCCUCCCUGCAUCUCUAAUGAAUGAUGUUCAACCUUGUCAUGGGGUUGGGAAAGGUACUGAGAAUGUGAUAAAAUUUAUACUGCAUUAUGAUUAUCCUUUCCUGUUAGUUAAUGGGAAAGCUAUAUUUGAGACAGUGUACAGAAACAAGUACUGUUCUAAUUUUUUUUCUUGGGUUCAGGAUUAAAUCAUUGUAGGAUAA